CAACCUUCCUCCACCCCUGUCCUCCCUGUGGAUUGUAGGACCGCCCCGUCAUCACCCCCUCCUCCCCUGACAGACGAGCGGAAGGAUUCCUGGACCGCCUUUCAUCCCUCUUUCCUCGACUCCCUCUGCCCGCAUCCCAUCUCCGCCACCUCCCCUCUUUUUUCUCAUCAUUGAUACCUGUGUGAUUUGCAUAGUCCUCUAGUGCCCACAAGCAAAGCAUCGCUCUGCCAUUGACAAAAAAUCGACCGGUGUGGCAGGGUGCUAAGAGCCAUCAUGAAAAACGUGGACAUUUUCAGUGGGAACAGGAUAUAAACGAGUGAUCGGAGGAAGCCUCAGCUGCUGUCGUUACACCUUGACUGAUGACGAGUGAAGCGUGGGGACAUUGAAGUGCCUUCCCCCAAACGAACACCAGUGCGGCCAAAGAGAUGUGCGGCGAGGAGUUCAAACCCCAGACCGUUCUACCAGCUGUAUUUUAAAAGUAGAUCUUCCUCGGACACUGCACCGCUCUCGCCAUCCCUCCAUUCUCACAGUUCCCUCCCUCUAUCAUUUCUCUUCUUUUCAUCACUUUGACCUCCCUGACCCUUUAGUGUUCUUCCCUUUGGUCUGGUGAUGUCACGUUUAAGCUAAAAAGGCCUGACUCCCCCCUCCCUCUCCCCUCUUCUUUCAUUUCUUCCUUACGUCUACCAAUCCUACACCAUUCGUCCCUCCCUUGCAACAGCUGUCCUCCCCCUUCGCCCCCGCCCCCAGUCAUCCUCCCCGUCACCCUCCACCUUCUCUGCCCCAUCUUCUCCCCACCACUACCACCAUCAUCAUCAUCACCACCACCACCACCACCACCCACACCCUCAGCCCCACUCCCACCAUCGCCACCACCACCAGCUCUCCUCCUCUCUCCCUCCCUUCUCCCCCACCUCCUCCUCAGCGGGAACCAUGGCGAUGGCUGCCACCACUUCAUCGUCCUCCCCUUCUGCAUCAUCGUCGGGAAACAGCAGCGCACGGGAACAACUGCUUGCGGUUCGCCGGCGCACACCACACAUGCGGCCGUACACAAUCGGGCCCGACAACCUCUGCAGCAUGUCGGUGCAGGGAGCAGUCGGGGGCUCCACCUCUGGGUCCUCUUCCUCCCCCAUGUCGUCAGGGGUCCAGCCAGAAACAGCGAGUGUGGGACUCCAGCGGGCCAACAGUGACACAGACCUGGUUACUUCUGACAGCCGCUCAUCACUUACGGCGUCUACGUACCAGUUGACUCUUGGUCACAGCCACCUGAUCAUUUCCUGGGACAUCAAGGAGGAGGUAGAUGCCACUGACUGGAUCGGCCUGUAUCACAUCGAUGAGACGAGUGUGGCCAACGUCUGGGACUCCAAGAAUCGUGGCGUGAACGGCACCCAGAGAGGACAGAUCGUGUGGAGACUGGAGCCAGGACCUUACUUCAUGGAGCCGGAGACUAAGAUCUGCUUUAAAUACUAUCACGGCGUAAGUGGAGCAUUGAGAGCGUCGACACCCUGCAUUACCGUCAAGAACCCUGGAGUGCCGGUGGACAGUGAAGGCCAAGUGGAAGACCAAUCAGGGAGAGAGCCUUGUCGGAAACUUGUCAGUUUCACCCUGUCAGACAUCUGGGCGAUGGGACUGAAGAAGGGCAUGUUCUUCAACCCAGACCCCUACCUGAAGAUGUCCAUCCGGCCUGGGAAGAGGAGCGGUCUCCCCAAGUUCACCCACCACGGCCAGGAGAGGCGAUCGUCCAUCAUAGCUAAUACCACGAACCCUGUGUGGCACGGGGAGAAGUACACCUUUGUGGCUCUGAUGACGGACGUGCUGGAGAUCGAAGUAAAAGAUAAGUUCGCCAAGAGCCGACCAAUCAUCAAGCGGUUCCUGGGUCAGCUGAUCAUCCCCGUGCAGAGACUUCUGGAGGGGCCGACGGCUGACGAUCAGCCGGUCAGCUACAGCCUGUGUCGUCGUCUCCCGACGGACCAUGUGAGUGGGCAGCUUCAGUUCAGAGUGGACAUCACCUCCAACGGACAUGAGGAGGCCUCCCCAGACACAGGGGCCAUCUUGGGCGGCACCACAAACGGUGACCCCGGCAGUCCCUCAGACGACGAAGACCUCCCUCAGCCCUCCUCGUCCUCACGCGCUACAUGUAGACCCUCUCCCACAGGCUCUGAUGAGGGCUCCGUGCUGGUCAACGGUAAUUCUUACUACGGCGAGGAUAGUGUGUGGCGGGAGCCCGGGCGUAUGGGAGAGGAGGAUCUGCUUCCUGUGGCUCUGGGUGGCCACACGCACCGGCAGGUGUCACUCAAUGAUUACCUGGACGCCAUUGAGUCUCCCAGGAGCCCCUUGGACCAACCUCUGGCCGGGCCUUCUCCGAAACUCCGCUCCAGCUUUCCAACGGACACGCGGCUCAAUGCGAUGCUGCACAUUGACUCGGAUGAGGAUGAAGAGGCAGCGGGGCAGCACAGGGACCCAUCACAGGAACCAAAGACACAGCAAAGCGCAGACUUGGUCUUAUCAAGUAGAUCAGCUAGAUCUGAGUCUCAACAGGGGAACGAGGGCUCAAAGGCUGCAGCAGAGAGUGCGUCUGGAGCUGCCGCAGACGCAGGUUCAUCCUCUGCUGCUCACCCUGUGUCUGAGUCUGCAUCGGCUGAAACUGGCGAAGGUGCCGCUGGAGGUCAGACACCGGCAGGAGCAGCAGCAGCAGCCGAGACUACACCUGCGAGAGAAGAGGCUGCUGGUGCAACAGCUGAGGUAGAGCAUGAGAUCUCCACAGCCUCCUGCUCAUCUCAGGCACCAGGGGCUGAAGCGGCUGCAGUGUGUGAGCCGGGAGAGUCUGUGAGGGAAUGUACCUGUCAGGAGCAGGGCAGCAGGGUCGGUACAAGCCAGGAAGUUCCCUACAGCUCUGGACUUGGCCCCCUUUCACCAAUUCAGGAGGUGGACACAAGAAAAGAAGUGGCUCCGAAGGCCGAGGAGGAAGGGGCGGAGUCAUCGAGCAGCGAGGCCAAUGGGCCAGUGGCAGGAGCUGCUCCUACCAGCAGCGACGCAGCUGAGCAAGGAGCGACCGCUGAAGCUGGGGCUCAAGCCAGUGGCGGGGACAGGCAGGAGGAGGAGGGAGGGGAGGUGUGGAGGAGGAGGCGCUCCAUGCAGACCCCCGGGAGCGGGGCCCAGAACCAGGAAGUCUGCAUUGCCAGGGAGGGUCAGAGUGGGACGAUAGAGAGGGAGAGAGAGACAGGUGCCACAGCUCAGGUGAAUGGCCACCAGUCUGUUCGCUCCCUGCCGUCCAUCCGCCAUGAUAUUAAUCGAUACCAGAGAGUGGACGAGCCGCUGCCACCCAACUGGGAAGCUCGCAUCGACAGCCACGGUCGCAUCUUCUACGUGGACCACGUGAACAGGACCACGACUUGGCAGCGCCCCACUGCUCCCCCCGCCGCGCAGACCCUCCAGAGGUCCAACUCCAUACAGCAGAUGGAGCAGCUGAACCGCAGGUAUCAGAGUAUACGAAGGACGAUAACCAAUGACAGCAGACCAGAGGAGCAGCCAGCCAAUGAGCUGCUGGUGGAUGAGACUGACAUGCACCCCUCAAUGCCAGAGCUGCGUAGGGACAGCAGCGCGGCUCAGUCGUCCAGUUCCCGGUCUCGCCUCACCCUGCUGCUUCAGUCUCCCAGCGCCAAGUUCCUCGCCAGCCCCGACUUCUUCACUGUGCUGCAUUCCAACCCUAGUGCCUACCGUAUGUUCGCCACCAACACGUGUCUGAAGCAUAUGAUCAGCAAGGUUCGUCGGGAUGCUCACCACUUUGAGCGAUAUCAGCACAACCGGGACCUGGUGGCCUUCCUCAACAUGUUCGCCAACAAACAGCUGGAGCUGCCCAGAGGCUGGGAGAUGAAGCACGACCACACCGGCAAG